AUGGCUUUCACUAUGCUGAGGCCGGUGUCCACGCAUCCCUUCUCUUACCCUGCGGACCUGACCUUAAUGUCGGACGACGACGACGAAGGGAAAAGCGGUGAGAGCGAUGGUGGCACCUAUCAAGGCUUCGGCUUCUGCGGAGCUCCGGGUUACCAUCGGGAGUCUGGCGGCGUGAUGGUCCGGCAGCGGAAUGCUGCUAACGCCAGGGAGAGACACCGGACCCAGAACGUUAACACGGCCUUCACGGCACUGCGAACACUCAUUCCCACUGAGCCAGUGGACAGAAAACUCUCCAAACUCGAAACGCUGCGCCUGGCGUCAAGCUACAUAUCCCACUUGGCCAACAUGCUGGUGGUCGGGGACGGCAGGGAGGACGGUCAGCCGUGCCUGGGUGCCGUCUACAAGAGGAGUGGAGAGGGCAAGCUGCCCCGGACUAUCUGCACAUUCUGCCUCAGCAACCAACGGGAAGGGGUGAAGGACAGAUGA